UCUGAUUUACGGUGAACUCAUGGACGCUCUAUAAAUACCCUCUCAGAACUUUCACUCUUCACACAUCUUCUCUAAAUCCUCUUACUUUCUGAUUUACUAGAUCCAAAGCAGAUACACUCGCAGACAAAUCAUCAUCUAAUUCACAGAAAUGGCAAAGCAAAAGAUUGUGGUGAAGGUCACAAUGAACACCAAAAAGAAAGCUAGUAAGGCUCUUCAAAUCGCCGUUAGUCUCUCCGGUGUGGAAUCAGCCUCUUUCGUUGGUUCAGAUAAAGACCAGAUAGCGGUGACUGGAGAAGGAAUUGACUCAGUUGAACUAACGACCUUGCUAAGGAAAGGUGUAGGAUACACAGAACUAGUGAGUGUUGGUCCGGUGGAGGAGAAGAAACCAGACGCCGCAAAGGAAACAAAUCCCACGGUGGCGUCACUUAACGUUAAUCCGUACCAAUACUACUACGGCAGCUAUGGGAUGCCCUGCUAUGCAUAUGCAUAUGCAUAUGAGAUUUGAUAUAUUAUAAAAUGAAACAGAGCGAAAGAAAUUAGUUUUAUAUUGCUGUAUAAUUAGCUUUAUUUUUUAUUGGGGAAUUUUACAUUGCAUAAAAUAAGAUACCCUUGAUGUAUAUAGUAUAUUGUGUUUGUAAUAUAUGAGAACCAAUUUUGCGGCGA